AUGGAUUUGGACAGCCUCAUUUUCAAUAUAGGCGUCUUUAUCGCUGGUAUCUUUGUCCUUGAUUAUGGCGCCGACACGUUCAUUGAUCACACCGUCAUCCUCGCCGUGGUGAUUGCUGCCAUUCUGCAACGUCGCACUCCCCUGGCCUUGGGCAACCUCAUGGGCUCGAGCAUCUCCAACGUCCUGGGCGCGUUUUCACUCGGUCUAUUGUUCCAUCCGACUCAUAUUGACUUUGACCGGAGUGCCAAAUUAUAUGCCGCAGUGCUUCUCGCAAUUACGACGCUGUUCGUGGUGCUGGCCUUCUUCAACCAGCUGAACGAAAUCGUCGGGGGCUUUCUGAUCGCUUUGUUUGGCAUCUAUGUUAUGUCAAUCCUCUAUGCCAUCUACAAAGGAGUCGCAACGGCACCCGAGCUCUCGGACAGCGACAGUGAGGCAGGGCCGACCGAUCAUGUGGUGGAUUCAGCGACUGAAGCGACCCCCUUGAUUGAGUCUCAGUCAGACCAAAUCCUAGAACGGUCGACUAGGAGCCUUCUGUACCACAUCACCAAGCUAUGCUUUGGCCUCAUCACUCUAUCACUAGCUGGGUAUCUUCUGUCGCAUAGUGCCGUGAGCAUCGCCGAUUCCUUGCACCUCUCCGGAACUGUCUUUGGUCUGACCAUUUUGUCUUUCGCCACCACCUUGCCUGAGAAGCUGAUUGCAGUCCUCAGCGGGUCUCGCGGUCAUGUCAACAUCAUGGCGGCCACUACUGCAGGAAGCAAUAUCUUCCUCUUGACCCUCUGUGCCGGCGUGGUGGCGCUCGCUGGUAAUACAAGGAAUCAAUCAGACACGUUUGUCCUUUUCGAUCUAAUCACUGUGUGGGUGUCAUCCUUGGGCUUCUUCUUAGUGGUUAUCCUUGGCCUGGGGAGGAUAGCCGGUGUGAUAUUCCUUGCUGCAUAUCUGGCAUUUUUAGCGCUUGAGUUUACUGUGUACAAAAGAUGA